AUGGGAAGGCGAAAAAUCGAGAUGAAGUUGGUGAAGGACAACAGCUCCAGACAGGUGACCUUUUCCAAGCGCCGUACUGGCCUUUUUAAGAAAGCAAACGAGCUUGCAACUCUGUGUGGCGCAGAAGUUGCCAUAGUUGUUUUCUCUCCAGGAGGUAAACCAUUCUCAUUUGGCCACCCAACUGUUGAUUCAGUGUCAGACAGGUUUCUAAAUCAGGACCAAGAAGUACCAAAUGUUAAGGCUCGUGCUGGUUCUUCAAAGAAUGCAAAGGUUGACAGGCUUAAUCAGCAACUUGUUGAUGUGAUGAAGCGACUACAAGCUGAAAAGAAGAAGGCACAGAGUCUUGAUCAGAAGGCUAAGAAAGCAAAAGCACCACAAAAUUGCCAGACUCAGAUCGAUGAGCUUAGCUUGCAUGAGCUUGAAAAAUUGAAGGGAUCGCUGGAGGAGCUUCGUGAGGAUGUAAAAGCUCGAGUAUGUGAGAUGGAAGCUUCAUUUUCGUUGCUGCUCUUGGCACAGAAACCUAUCCAAGAGGCUGAUAUGUCAGUUACUAAAAAAGCUAACUGA